AGGCGGAGCGCGUCAGCCGCAGGGAUAGGCCCGGCAGACCCCGCUCCUCGCCGCUUCCCUUCGCCGGCGCUUUCUUCUCAGCGCCGCCUCUUUCCCCUGCCAAGUGGAAGUAGACACGGGGGCGGGGGCAAAGGCAAAGCCGCAGUCGCACCGGGUCGCUGGAGGAGAAGGAGGAGCGCUGCCGAAGAGAAAGGAAGUGCAAUGGCGGCCUUCGGUGGCGGCGGCGGCGGCAGCCGUCGAGCGGAUAAUGGCUACGGGAUCAGUGGGCAGCAGCAGGCGGGCUCCCGGCGGCGGAAAGGCCCCGGAGCCUUGGCCACGGCCUACCUGGUCAUUUACAACGUGGUCAUGACAGCCGGGUGAGCGAGCGCCGGUGCGGUGGGUGUGGGUGUGGCAGAGAGGCUCUUUCCCCUUCGUCUGAACGGAACCAAGAAGGCCUCCUUCCCUCCCGCUCCCUAUAUAUAUAUACCCUCGCCUCAGCCUGCUUGCUCCCUUCUCUCCUAGGGUGACGGGGGUGGGGGGCUGGCCUAGUGCUGACCUUGGCCUCUGACAGAGCAAGGCAGGUCUUCUGUAGCGUUCUUGGCUGGUAUUGGAAUAAUAGCAGCUUCUGUCCCUUUUGAGCCCCUCUUUUAAUUGAGGAACAUUAAUGGUACUUUUCACACACACCCCACACACUUUCAACAAGAAUAGACAAUUAUUGUAAUAAUGUGUUGGUGUAUAAUAAUACUGUAAUAAAAAUGUAUACAGUACAGUGAUAAAGUGGCUGAGGCAACCCGGCCAGAUGGGCAAGGUAAUAAUAAUACAGUAAUAAUAAUGUGUGCCAUACUAAAUGACUGGGAAUGGUCACUGGAAUGCAAUGCGUAUCCAGAUAGUCAUAGCGCAACACAAAUACUUGCUCUAGGCUAAGGAGUCAAGAUUGGCCGCUGUUCUUCGUUGAUUGUGACAGUUAUGCUUUGUACCCAUUGAAAUGUGUGCAGCCGGCCUGGGUGUGUCAGUUCCUGAUACCUUGUGUACAGCCCAUAACUUAGUCUGCAAUAUGCCUAUAUAUGAUUUUAAAUUGGUAGUGAUAUUUGAGCAUUUCAGUAAUUCUAGGGGAGUGAAAGUUUUGUUAAUUCCUAAUAAACUCCCACCAAUCAUCUUCAUAGUAAUGUGUAUAGUAAAAAAAUUGUUAAACUUAUAUUGCUCAUAAAUGCAUUCAUGUUUUUCUGUGUUGGGCAUCUUUUCAGAAUAAUUAUUUGAGAUUGUGUACUUUAGUAACAGAGUACAUGUACAAACAAAAUGUAUUUUUAGCCAUCUCCUGAAAAGACAAGGUUUGCCCUGGUUUAGUGCAAAGGUAUGUUUAAAAGCUGCAGUGAAAAGCAUAUCUGCAUAUUAACUGUGUACAUCAAAUGAAAAAACUACAUAUGCAGUUUGGAAAAGAAAUGUUUUACAGUUGUUUUACAGUAUGUAGUAAUGCAGAAGAUAGCAUCCUCUAAUAUCCAUCCAUCAUAAAAGGUUGCUUAAUUUGAUUUUGCAACUAACACUAUCAUUUUUAAUCAUUAUACUUACAUCUAAUUGCAUCAGAUAUAACUGCUUCUUUUUAAUCAUUGCUUGGUACUGGUAAAAAGGAGAAUAAAAACUUUAAAAUCAUUGCUUUAUGAGCCUUUAUUUUUCUGAUAAUGCAAUGUUACUACAUUGUAUGAAUUUCAUCUCCUGUUCUUAGAAUGUAACUAGAUGUGAAAAAGCACAGCCAACUCAUUAAAUGUGGGUCUACCCAACCAUACAUAAAGUGGGUGCCCACCACUACCUGCAGCCUACAACAGCCCAGCUGAGAGGAAAGUGACAAUGAGGGGUAGGUUUCAGGGAGGCUAAGUACAGCCAUAGCAAAGGUUUAGGACUAACCUGCCUGAAUGCCUUUUUGCUCUUAAAACCAGUCUGUUAACAUCUGCUUUAUAGGUCACUGGGCAUACCAUAAUUUUUUAAAAAGAGGAUGAGUAAACAAACAGCAGAGGUGGAACAGGACUUACUGCCACUGCCUGAUUGUUCACUGUCUCUUUGCAAGGUGUAGCAAAGCUAAGGAAGAGAAGCAACCUAGCAACUGUCAGUAGUGAUGGUGAGGGGGUAGGCUCCCUGAGGAAUUGGCAUCCAAUGAAGGUGUCUUGCCCAAAGGCCUAUUAAAAACCUAGAGCGGCACUAGUUCCUGCUUUCAGUCAGAAGAUCCUUAGUUGUUUUUCAAUAGGCAUUAACAAAGCAUUUGCAAUCUCUCCUUUUUUCUUCUAGGUGGCUUGUUAUAGCAGUUGGUUUAGUCAGAGCAUACCUCACCAAGGGUAGCUACCACAAUCUUUAUUAUUCAAUAGAAAAACCUUUGAAGUUCUUCCAAACUGGAGCUUUGGUUGAGGUAUGUGUACCAGGGAACAUGCCCUUCUAAUUGCAGUGAAAUAAAGUUUUGUCUUUCCUAUGCAUUUCAUUCAUUAACUUGCUCCUGCAUUGAAUUCUAUCCCUUUUGAUAGAUAGACCACUGGUAAGUAUUGGUUUCCUUCAUUACAUCAGAAGUGAAAUCUGAAACAUGAAAACAAUAGCAUCAAAGAGAAUUUGACAUAAUGCAGUGAAACUAUUAUUUUCAAGUUAAUUUAUUUUCUGAAGUUCUACUCUCUGGUGAUUGCCCCUCUGCAACCAUUCUUAAAUAGCAUAAUUUUAAUUGAAAAAUAGGUUUAAUUACUUUACAUAAAUGUUGAAAUUUUCAGCACUAAAGACCAUUGCCUAGUGCCUUUGUUCCCUUUACUAUAAAACCAAGAGAGCUUUGUAGUUUUACAGAAAAGAAAGAAAAAUAGUGGCUGAUGGUUGUGGUUUUAGACAUUCCAAGAAAGGCAAACAAAUGUCUCCCCAUAAGGUUCCAUGAGUCGAUAGAACCAAAAUCAAUAAAAGGAUGCCAUAUGCAUAUGGUAUAGAAUGUGCGAGUUUCCUCGUCCCCAGAUCAAUAUUCCUUUUGUGAAAUUGUUAAUUUGUCUAUAAGCACAAUGUCCCAUACUUCUGAAAAUUUUCUCACUUUUUGCAAUCACUAAUCAACUCUUCUAGUUGCAGUUAAUACAUGGGGAAUAAAGUAUUUAUUGGUUGUGUUCUUUUUUUCUUUUUUUCUUUUUUAAAUUUAUUUUUAUUAAAUAUUUUCUUGGUUUACAAAAGUACAUGCCUUGUCUCUUUUUUCAGGUUGUACAGUAUUUCUUACAAAUCAGUUACAUUUGUUGUGAAACAUUAGUGUUGAGUACAGUAUAAGGUUGGGGAAGAAGAGGGGGGAGAGGAGGGGUGGUGAGGCUUAUAUUCUUUUGUAUAGUGUACAUGUGGGGUUCUGUGUCAGCAUCAACUGGGUAGGUUCUCUUUCUAUUUGUUUAUUACAUUUGCUUGGUACUGAGAGGUAUUGUGGGGCAGGGUGUGGUUAGUUAUCUGUGGUUGGCUGCAGUGGGAUUUGCUUGCAUUUGUGAGGGGGGGAGGGCUUGUUGGUCAGGUAAGCCAGAUUGAUUUGUAUGCUGCUGUCAGUGGAUUCUUGUUGUUGUCUUGUUGGGCUGUGCAUGUGAUAAAGCCAUACCGGGGUGAAGGCAUCCUCUUCUAUUUGUCCCCAUGUCAGUUUCAGUUUAUUGGUUAAGGCCAUUUCCCAUACAAUUUGAUACCAUUGGUCCAGGCUUCCUCAACCUCGGCCCUUCAGAUGUUUUGACACUACAAUUCCCAUCAUCCCUGACCACUGGUCCUGCUAGCUAGGGCUCAUGGGAGUUGUAGGCCAAAAACAUCUGGAGGGCCGAGCUUGAGGAAGCCUGCAUUGGUUCAUGUUUACUCUCUGAGAGUACGUGGGUUAUAAGCUCUUUAUAAUGUGAGUGGUUGUUAUGAUCUUGGAAGAUGUUUAGUAGGGCCAGUUCUGGAGUGUUUUCCAAUACCUUUAGUUAUUUUGCAUAUCUUUUGUAGGACCGCUGCCAGAAGGGUUGGAAUUUAGGGCAUUCCACAUACCACAUGUGGAGCUAUGUGCCUGUGGAGGUGCAGCCUCUCCAACAUCUUGGUGAGGUUCUUAGGCGUAUCAAUGCCAGUUUCUGUGGUGAGUUUCAGAGGGAGUUCCCUUUUGGCUGAUAUGGUCUUAAAGGGAGGUUUAGACCACAUUCUAGUCCAUUGGGUGGCGUUAAUUUCAUAGCCUGUGUCGUGCUCCCAUUGUUCUUUGAUUGCAUCAAGGGGGUUUGUGGGAUUAUGGAGCAGUAUUUUGUAUAUUGUGGAUACCAUCCCUUUGCUGUGUCCCUCUGCUAUCAGGAGAAGGUUUUUGAAGAUGGUCAAGGGCCUAGUGGUUGCUGAUUUUACUGCUGGAUUGUUUAAGAAGACAUGUAGUUGAUGGUGUGUUAGUCAAGGUAUUUGGGUGUUCCUUAGUUUGUCUUGUAUUUCUUGUUUUGAUAUUGGUUUGUUGUUUUUGUAGAAGUCUUUUAGACAGUGUAGGUCUUUGGCUUGCCGGGUUUUUAUCUGGAGGUUUUGAGCUGCAUGUUGGAAUAGUGAGUGAUAGGCCAGAGGGGUUAGUGGGGAUGGGGAUUUUCCAUUCUGUGUGAGCCUGUUCAGUGUUGUGGGGAUUUUCUUUAGUUUGUUUUGAAGAAAUGGGUAUGCUUCUUUUGGGAAUGUUUUCGAUGGUGUCUCUCUCCAAGUGAACCCAUUGUUUUGUCUUUUCUUCUAGAAUAUACGGGAUUAUGUGGCGUACUUGGUUGGCGAUGUAAUAUGAUUCUGUGUUGGGGAUUCCCCAUCCUCCUUCUGAGGAUGGGAAGUGCAGGUAUUUGGGGCUUAUUCUUGGCUAUUUGUGUGAGAAAAUAAAUGAGUGUAGUUUUUUUCUGGGGGAAUCCAGAUAGGGAGGGUUUGGAAUAAAUAGGUUAGUUGUGGGAGGGUGAUCAUUUUGAUCAUGGCUAUUUUGUCUGAGAGGGUGAAGUUGGUGUUGUUCCAUUUCCUCAAGUCUCUGUUGAUUUGUCGCCACCUGGGCUUGUAAUUGUAGAGGCAUAGUUUAUUGAGGUUUCUGGUUAUUUGAACCCCUAGGUACCUGAAUUUGGUGCUGCAGAGUUUUAUCUUUGUGAUGUUGGUGAAUUCCUUUUGGGUAUGCAGGCAGAGGGGGAGAGUGUUGAAGCACAUAGCCUCAGAUUUUGCAAAGUUUACUUGUAGGCCCGACCCCAUUGCAAAUGUGUUGAGUUCUUUAGUUAGGGUGGUUGUUGUGUUUAUGGCGUCUGGUGUUGUGAACAUCAGGUCAUCUGCAAAGAGCCCUAGUUUGUAUGUUUUACCUUUUAUUUCCACACCCUUGAUAUCUGGGGCUGCUUGGAGUCAGAUUGCUAGGGAUUCCAGGGCCAAGAUGACUAGGACGGGAGACAGUGGGCAUCCUUGUUUUGUGCCUCUUUGUAUUGCUUUGGUAUUGGAGUCCAUAUUGUUAAUUCUGCAUUUUGCUAAGGCUUGGGAGUAAAUUUGUUUGAGGGUUUGUAGGAAGUUGGGGCCAAAUUUCAUGUUAGUUAAUACUGCAAAUAGAUAAUUCUAAGCAAUCAAAGGCUUUAAAUAUGUCUAGGAACAUGAUCGUCAGUGGGAGUUUGGUCAUUUUGCUGUAUUCUAUCAGAUCCAGCAGUUUCCUAAUGGUGGUCUGUUACGUUGCGACCAGGGGUAAAGCCUGCCUGGUCCAGGUUGUGUAGGAAGAUUUUAAGCGAUUAGCCAGGAUUGAUGUGAAUAUCUUGUAACCUUGGUUUAUCAAUUAGAUUAGGUGGUAUGAUUCUAUUUUGAGGCUAUCUUUGAGUAGUUUUGGGAGAGAGACUAUUUUGGAAGAGGUCCAGGUUUGGAGAUGGGGGCCCCUUUUAUGAUGUCGUUAAAUAGGUGGGUCAUGUAAGGAAUCAGGGGUUCUUUGAAUCUUUUGUAGAAUUCUGCUGUAUAGCCGUCUAGGUUGGGGGCUUUGUGUAGUUUCAGGAUUUUGAAUACUGUCUCUAUUUCCUCAGGGGUGAUAGGGCUGUCCAUGAAUUCUUGUUCCUCUGCAGUUAAGGUUGGCAUGGUCAGCCCUGUUAGGAAUCUUCUGAUUUCCUGUUCAGGUGGUGUUGUGGGAGAUGUAUAGUUUGGCAUAAAAAAUCAGCAAAUUCUGAAGUUAUUUCUUCUUCUUUUUUAGUGACACAGUAUAUUCUUGUUUUGAGGAAUUUUUCCCUGCAUCUGUUUGCUCAUAGUCUGGAGUUCUUACCUCCAUAUUCAUAAAAGCAUUGUUUUUAUUAUUUUUAUUAAUAAAUGAAAACUAAUGGUAUUAAUGAAAAGGUGGUUGUGUAUAUAAUUAAAAAAUGUAUUGGUGGUAAUUUUGAUUCACAGGAAGUUUUAAUUUCACUGCAGGGCCCAUGAGGCCUGGAUAUUGGGUUCCUGGGUUAGGGCUAAGGCGGCAGUCCCCAGAAGUGACCUUCAAUGGUUCAGGCCUCCUGCAUGGACGCCAUUACAGUUCUUCAAAGAAAAUAACAAUAAAAAAUAAAAUAUAUUUCAAAAAUCAAAUAAAAUAAAUAAGUUAAUUGAUUAAUUAAUUUCCAGUGGGGAGGUCCCGCGUUGCGUUUGUUUUUUCCUGGGGUGGUCUCCGGUGCAUGGUACCCCCCCCGCCCUCAGCCUGCACUUUUCAUGCCAGGCACCGGGGAGGUAGGCUCAUGGUUGGGCCUGGGCUAGGCUGCGUGAUUCCUCAUGGCCUCCCUGGCCUUUCCAGUACCCUCCUACUUCUCUCCCUUGGUGGGGGUGGCAGCAGUGGCUACGGCAAGCUGGUGUUCGGCCGGGGGGGGUGCUUUUUGCUUAUUGUUUUCUGUUCACCUCUGGAGGCCUCCAGGCCUUGGAGCUCUGCUGGGCCGUUGAGGGGGUGUUUUUGGUCCCGGUGGGGCCAUGGCUACUGGGGGGGCUGGGGGCUCUGUGCAGCCUUGGUUAUGUUCUUAAUCUGAGGAGUAAAGUAAGAUAGUAGGGCUAAUUCUGGUUUGUAGCAAUUGUCCCAUCAUUUGAUUAAUUUUUUGAAAAACUUCCCAAAAGAAAAGCAGACCACCGCCUGUGUACUAGAGAACCAGGUAAAUUGUAUUACCACCAGCAAAGUUUGGAUGUGUUAUGAUUAAUUCUUUACAAUCUGGCUGGGCACAUGUACCAGCGAUGUGCUAUCAUUAAAGCAUUUUCUUGAGUUCUAACUGAGAUGGAGCUAAAUGGUAGUUUAUUCCAAAUUUGUUCCUAGAGUUGUUCCUCUAAUUCUUCUCCAUAUAUAUAUAUCAUUUUAGUCUUAAUGAAGUGAGAGGAAGGGCAGCCAAUUGUUUGAGGAUCUAAUAUAGUUGGGAGAUUAUUCCCUCUCCCAGUUGGUUGAGUGGAGUAGUUAGUUGCUCAAAACUAAUUGAGUUGUGUAAUGCUUGAGUCCUUGGCUGAUUAAAUGCUUGGCUGAUUAAAAGUCUUUGUUUUUGUUGACUUUAUAUGUUCUUUUUGUUCUAGAUUCUGCAUUGCGCAAUAGGUAAGUUACUGGAUUCAUGUAGCUUAUUCACUUUAUUCUUUUUUUAAAAAAUAAUAGCAAAAAUAUAAAGCAUGAUAUACAUUUCUAAUUUCACACUUUUUCUUCUUCCUAAUGCCUAUUCUAAGGAGGAUUCCAAACCCCACUUACAGUGUACAGGAGGGAGCGGAGCUGUACCUCUGAUUAGCUUUUCUGGCCAAGGUAGCCUCUUGUCAUUGCCAGCCUCCCUGUUCUGCCUGUAAAAUGUGCUGAAGGUGGGAGAGCAAAAGGCAGGAUACCCACUGGCAGUACCCAGAAGAAGCACCCCAAAUGGGGUGUUCUGAAUAUGUGGCAGGGCUGAGCCAGUCCAGGAGCCAUUGGAGCCUGAGCUAUUUCAGUGCCAUCCCAUGAAAGCAUUGGGCCCAAUCACUGUACCAGCUCCAUGCUGCCACAACAGUCUAUCUCCUGCCUGAUGAUGUGGCAAUGGUCUGACCACUCUGUAGAACAUCAGGGUAGGGUGGGGGAGGUUUGAAUUGCAUAAUGAGUGUGUCAAUAUAUGACUCCAAAGUAACUUGCAAAUUCAGGAUGUAAUACAGGUUGUUACUACAUAUCAGAGUGCUCUGUAUCACCCAUCUAUAUUUGUUAUUGUUCCUGUACUAUCUUUGGAAAUUUCUGCUUAAUAAAGCAAGGCUUGGUUUUGAGCAAAAAAUGAUGUGUAACAAUGCCAUUCUUGUAAGGAUACAAGAAUUGCCUUGCCGGAUCAAGCCAUAGGUUAUUUUGUUCUGUUCUUGGCACCAACGGUAGGCAGAAAGAUACAUCUGGGAAUCUCACAAAUAAGCCAUGAUGGAGAUCGCUGAUCCCUGUUGUUUGUCCCCAAUAUCGGAUGUUUAAAAAGAAACAGACUCUGAAGAGGUCUGUUCUCCUUUAGGUUUUCUAACCCUUUUAAAAAAGAAAAAGGGGUGCCCACAAGAUGGACAUAAUGUUUGGUGUCUCUCAGACCCCAGUUUUAUAAUUAGGCUUACCACUGACCCCAACAGCACCAUGAGGAUUUCAAGCUAAGCCCCCAGAGAAGAUAUGCUGGCAUCAGCACAAUGAGGUAAGGCAGGAAACCUUAUGAAUUAUUUCAGACCCAAAGAAAAAGCAACAACUUUCUUCCCCUUACAGCAAAUAGGGCCCUCUAUAAUUGCAUUUGAGACUCUAGCCUUUGAGACUCUAGGCACCAACACAGGAGAUAAAAAAUAAAAACAAAGACCUUGCUACACAGUGAAAAAGGCUGAAAUAUGAGUUAAUGAAUGACUUGGGAAGAACUGCCAAAACAGAAACUUACUGACUGGAAUAAACAACAGCCUCUGAAGCUUUAGACUUGUCAGUCAACAACAAAAUGAUUAGAAAGCUAUUUUUAAAAAGGCAGUGCAGAGUGUAAAGAAACAUCUAGAGAAGAUGAAAUAUUCAAGAUGUGUGAAUGUACAUGGAAUUAUAGAGGAAAUAUGUGGACAUUAGACCCUCCAUUAUUAACUUGUUUAACAUAUUGUGUCUUGACCUGAAACUGGAAGUUAAUAGUCUGGAGCGAGCUCACAGAGCUGUCAGACCGAGACCCAAGGAUUCUUGAUAAAAAUAGUAGUAACAACAAGUUUCUUGUACCCCAUCCAUUUGACUAUAAGAGCUUCCUGAAACAGCACUGCCUUCAGAUGUCUGCAAAAAGUCAUAUACAAUCAUACCUUGGUUGAUGAACGCCUUGUGACUUGAAUGUUUUGGCUCACGAACGCCAUAAACCUGGAAAUGGGUGUUCCGGUUUGUGAAUGUUUUUUGGAACCCGAACGUCCGAAGCGACUUCCGCGGCUUCCGAUUGGCUGCAGGAGCUUCCUUGGUUUCCGAACAUUUUGGAAGUCGAACAGACUUCCAGAACGGAUUCUGUUCGUCUUCCAAGGUACAACUGUAAUUGCUUAUCUCUUUGACAUCUGACAUCUUUCCCAAGAGACAUUUGUCAGGUACCUAUUUGUCAGGUACUCAAAAAAAAAAAAAGAAGAAGAAAAAAAUCUAACGCAAAAAGUGAGAACCUUACAAAACCUACAAUAUAAUAGUUUAUUAUUGUUUUACAAGAUCUGGCACUUGAAACAUCUAAAGAAAAUACGUGAACUGUGCCCCUUCGCACUAAAGAUGUGGAAUGCAUGUUAACAAUGGUAUAUUGUAAAAAUCAUUUUCGGAACAUGUGAUUAAGAUGAAGGUUUCUAGAGCAACAGGGAUCACCUGAACCUUAAUAUCCCAGCUCAGUCACUGAUAUCAUCAGCAGGAGUGUUGUUGGUUAUUCCCUGAGUGGGUAAGGCUCAUUUUAAAACAACUUGAAAUAGAGCCUUUAGCAUCAUCACUAUGGUUUUUUGGAUACCAGAGAUAGAGAUUCAGCAGGUGCCUUCUGUUGCAACUUUUAAACACCUGUUGAAUCUAUUAUAUUCUACCAGGCCUAUGUAGGCAGUUGAGAAUACACCUUUCCACAGUGGUUCUUUGACACCUGAUUUUAAUGUUUUAUAUCGUUUUUACUGUAUGUUUUUAUGUCCUUUCAUUGUAAACUAUUUAGUUAUAUUUCAUGAAAUAAUGGUUUAUAAAUAUUUAUAUAAAUCGAAUAAACUGAGGAUAUAGACCAAUAUAAACUUUCUUUUCAGGAAUUGUUCCCUCUUCUGUUGUGCUAACUACUUUCCAGGUGAUGUCAAGAGUUUUUCUGACAUGGGCUGUAACACAUAGUGUAAAAGAGGUAAGUUAAAAGAGAGCAAGAAAAAGAUCCAUUUCUUCCCUAGAACUAAAUAUUUGUACUCUUUUGUAUAUUUCCUGUUCCUUUUACUGGGUCCACUGUGUGUGUUUUUGGUGGACACCUCAGGAUCAGCUGUUUUUGUGAGAUGUGUUUCCAGAACUCUUAAUUGUAACAUCUGUGCUGGCUCCUUGCCCACUGAUGCAGUUGUAUCUUCCCACCUACCGUGCAGAUAAGGUAGUGUGGAAAGAAGCAUGCAGGUGGGUGGGGAAUGGAAAUGGAAAUCAUGUAAAACAAAUUAACUAGUGAACUUCUUUUCAAAACUUUGGACUUAAAACUUGGUUUAAGUUGCCUGUCUUUGCCAUUUUCAGAUAGCUAUUUAGUAUACGUGAAACAAGAUUCACAGUUUUCUAAGAGUUGGAAAUUAUAUAUGUAGGUCUGGUUUAACUAUUCAUUGUUUGGAAAGGGACAGUGCAUCAAAAGUUCCCACUUUCAUGUCAAUCUCUACACUUUGGUUAACUGGGCUGUUACUUCCUGUAAUUUUAUUUACAUGGCUAAUAUAGAAACACUAUUAAAAAAUAAAAAGUAUCCAUUUGUGAGAGACACCCUCACUGAAUAUAGGUGCUGGGUAUCAUGACCAAUAUUAUGGGUGCAUUAACAGAUAAAACUCCCCCUGUUUUCACAGUAGAGGUCUAUGAUUAACUGCUUAUGGUAGCUUUCUAAAAUUUCACAGCUGCGAGGUGUUUUAUUUUUGUGGCAGCUGCCCAGUGUCCACUGUCCCCAACCAAGGAUUCAGAGUGAGGCAGCACUUCUGGAACAAAACUGUAUGUUUAUUUAAUUAUACUUUAGGGAAGUUUAACGCUUGGUGGUUUCAUAAGGCACACAAGCUUGGUUUAAAAUACACACUCCUUUCAGAGAAACUUUUUAAGCAGCAGUCUCCUACAAAUCAAGUCUCAGGUAGACUUUUCACCUAAAAUGGCUAUCAAGUUCUAAGCAGCAGCAUCCACCCACUCAGCCCCUUCUAGGAUUUAACUUCCUGUCAGGAAAUAAAAACUGAGUUGCACUGUGUAGCUAACCCCACUCAGUGUGGACAGUUUAGGUUUUGAACCAUCUGACAGUCCCUCUCUCACUGAGAGUCAAAUCCCUAUCUGACUGUUAAACUGGCAGCAGCUCACUUAAAGGCCACGUUUUCCUGAUUGGCGUUUGCUUUUUGCUGUUGUACAAGCAGCAUGUUGUAGCCCCACUUGACUCAAAGGAAGUGUAACUGUAGGACAGAGGAAGUGAACAUACUUUCCAAAUAUCCAAUAUGCAGCAUUUUAUAUGUGCAAAUAGAAUCCAGAUUAUUUCUAACAGGUUAGAAAACAGUUCGAGUAAUUUGGCAAUAAAAAUAGUCAAAACUGUAUUGUACUCUAUCAGGUUCCCAAGUAUCUCAGAUGAAGAGUUAGUUUACAGGUUCACAUUAGCAUUCCUUUCCUUGUGAGAUGAGUGUUACCUACAUUCUUAAUAAACAAAAAACAAAAAAACUUUUGCUUCCCCCCCUCCCCCUGAAGGAAUACCUACAUACCUGAGCUCCCUGAACAAGUUCAGCUAUUACGGAUUUUGUAAGAUGAUAUGUGGAUGCAUGAAUAAUGUGUGUUUUUUUGGUUAAAUUCUUCUUAGGUUCUUGAAUGAGAAACUUUUAAUGUUUGCUUGCUUUCUCACAUAUCUAACUCUUUCUUGAAGAAGAAGUCUUACAUUAUUUCUGAUCAAGCCUAAUCAAAUGGUGUUCCGGAAUCUGAAACAUGCAUUUUGUUGUUUACAUGUUAUUCCUUCUGGAUUCUUUGUUCCUAAUAUUUAAUAGUAAUUGCAUGGGGCAGUUCAGUAAUGUUUGAAGGAUGUGCUUGCUCUUAUUCCUGGAAUGGUCAAGUUGUUAGCUAUUUCUUUGCAUGUUGUAGCCUUUCUGCUACUUGAUAUCUGAAAUCUCAGGCAAGUUCACUAAGCAUCAAUCUGAAUGCUGCUCAUGCUUAUUAAGAGAAAAGUGGAAAAUAAUCUAGAGCAGGCAUCCCCAAACUCGGCCUGCCAGACUACAAUUCCCAUCAUCCCUGACCACUGGUCCUGUUAGCUAGGGAUGAUGGCCGAGUUUGGGGAUGCCUGAUCUAGAGCAUAGUUGAGAAAUCAAAAACAAGUUAGUGAGGAAAACUGUCAAAAUAAAACCAUAUCCUGUGCACUUUAUUUUAUUCUUGCCUAAAUCUGUAUUGGCAAGAAGAAUAAACUGUGAAAAGUAUUCUGUUCAUGGAAUGCUAAUACAGCCAACACAGUCAGUUAAGAAAUAAUAAAGCACACACAUUUGCUGGCUGGCAGAGCAGAGCAGACCAGGCAAGUACCAGGAUGGUGCAAAGCCAGCCCCUCCCUGUUUCUCUUGAGUCUUAUAUAGGAAGCUUGCGAAGCACAGGGUACUGUGUAAUUCUGAAGUUGGAAAUUGUUGGCUAUGGGGUUUUCUAGGAAAUUAUUUUGUGUGACGAGUAUGUAAUGUCAUGUUUGCAUGGGAUGAUGCAUCAAGCUUAGUUACUUUGUAUUACCAAAUGAUGUCCUAUUUAUACCUUCAUACAGAAACAUUGUAUACAUCAUGAACUCUGGUGAAAUUAGACAUUAUGUCAGCUGUUAUGCCUUUGUUUAUUUUUCAUUUAAAAAGCAGGCCAAUGGUAAAUGGUUUUAAAAAUAUACUCCGUAAUCAUACUAUGAAGCAACUUAAGGUAACUUUCUCAGAUUUUUAUGUUGUGUCAUUUCUGAGCAACACUUAAUUUAUGUGUAUGCACAGGCAUUCUAACCUUGAAAUUACAAAGGAGAAGGCAAAUUACAUUGAAGAGUAUUAUCCCACCCCCCCCCCGAUAAAUAUUUCUGCUUUCCUGUGGACCUGAAUUACAAAGUUUGAAAAGGUAGCUUUAAAAGCUUGUCAUUUUAGAAAGUUUAUAAUUUAUUUUCAACUUACAGCAACUGUAUUUUUCUUUAAUAGGUACAAAAUGAAGACUGCAUCCUCCUUUUUGUUGUUGCCUGGACAAUCACAGAGAUCGUCCGUUAUUCCUUUUAUACUUUCAACUUAUUGAACCACCUUCCUUACUUCAUCAAAUGGGCCAGGUAAGGGCAUUAAGCACUUCAUGAUUAUGAGCCUGAGAAACUAUACAUCAGUGGGCAUAUUUUCCUAAUAAUUGCAAAACAGAAAUAUCAGUCCUAGAAAAUAAAGAGAAUGUUGACAUAUUUAUUUUAUUCAAAAAUUAAUAAUCUUCAUUUUCAUAAAAUAUAUCAAGGAGUCUUACAGCAUAUAAAAUACAAUAAAACCAAUCUAUCAAUAUAUAUAAAACACAGUGUAAAACAUCUGUAAAUACUGGUUGAAUAAAGCAAAAAUGCACAUUAUGAAGGCCUGUCUAAGGACAAUUUCAGAAGACAUCUGAAAGAAGGUAGGGGUGGCUCCUGCUGAACCUCUAGUUCUGGAGUUCUACAGGACAGGACCUGUUGCACUAAAGGUUUGGUCCUUUAUGAAGGCCAACUGAACCUCAGGGGUAUAGGGAACCAUCAGAUGUCCAUCAGAAGAUCCCAGUGAUAGAGGUGGAGUAUAAAUGAUUAGAUGGUCUUCAAGGUACUUCGGGAUCAAGUAAUUGAGGGCUUUGUGAAUUAACACAAGAACAUUGAACCUGACCAACUAGCAAAUCGGCAAUCAGUGCAGCUGUCUUAACAUCAGAGUAACAUGUUCCUAGUAUUCUCCUUCUGUGAGCAGUCUGGCCACUGUAUACUGCACUAGUAGCAGCCAGAACCACUGUAUACUGCACUAGUAGCACUGUAUACUGCACUAGUAGCAGCCAGAACCAAAGGCAGCACCAAAUAAAGUGCAUUACAAUAAUUAAGUCUUGAGGUUACCAAUGCAAUACAAGUUCACAAACUUGGUGUCAUGAACUGGCUGGAUGCAAAUAAUGGUGGGAUGAACCAGCUGGGGAAGUCCCAAGGGAAGAAGGCUCAGAGCCCAGGGAUUGGUGGUGGGACAGUGGUGAGUGAUCAGAGGGAGAAGACUGGGAGGAAGUGUUGGAAGCUAAGUGGUAGCAGGGCUUAGUGAGCUGGGAGAGUCUAAGUCCAGAAUCAGAGGCAGAAGCUGAAGCUGAAGCCAGGGGAGGAGGGAUGCCAAGAGGCAAAGAUGAGUCUGGCUGAUGAAGAGGCAUAGGUGUCUCCUUCUCCUGCUGCAACAAGUUCCCCUCUACCUUUAUCUCCCAGAACCAGAAGAGUAAUGAAAAGGGUGGAGGAGAGGUUGGUUGCACGUAGGUGCAGUCUCUUAAUUGCUUGGGAAAAGCCAUGGAGAAAAGGUAACUUAAGACAACUGUGGGGAGGUGGGGACUUUCAGUCUCAACAACUGAUCUAUGGGGCAAGACCUUUCGGGGAUGAACUGCUGUGCUCAUUAGGCUUGACACUCUGCCAAGUCUGUGCAGAUGCAUUAUUGCUAAUAAAGAGUUAGCUUCAACUUGAAUGGUGUGACUUUGGUUCAGGACCAAAAGUAUUUGCUUAUGUUCUACACAUUGUUAACAUUUUCUUGUAUAAAAUAAUAUUUUGUACUUUGGAAUACACUUGAAAUAUAGUUGAAUUAAUGAAAAUAUAUCUUUAUUGAAUAAAAGUCCUAACUAAGCAAAAGCUAGUGAUCCUCCAAGUUUUAUUAGUUUGGACAAUCAGGGACAACUACAGAACUGGUUUGCAUAAUGCUUAUCUAUAGUUUUGAGCUACAUCAGGGGUGGGGAACCUGAGACCCUCCAGAUGUUGUUGGGCUAUAGGUCUCAUAAUCUCUGACCACUGGGUAUACUGGUUGGGGCUGAUCGGAGUUGGGAUAUAUAUACUGAGGAACAGGUGCUGCAUCUCUGCUAUGUGCAGCAGCUAGAAUAAGCUUGAGUGAAGUUAGAGGAGUUUAGUUUAAUUUUUAAAGAAUCCUGUCUAAACAAACUAACUUCAAACUAUGGGAUAGAAAGUGGAGUUGUUGUUUUCUAAAUCACUCUCUCUGAAGGUACUAUUUGGCAUGAGAGACUAGCUUCCAUGGGCACCAGUGGGAUCUUCCUUCAGGUGCGAAAUAGCAGGGCUCCAGUGCAGGAGCAAAUAGUUAAAUUUCCUUCCCUGUUCACAGUGGUCCCAUUCUUGAUGAAUGACCCCCCAGCAUCUGUUAUUUGCACUAAUAUAUAUAAUGUCAUAUAGAAAAUAUUACGUUGCAUUGUAUUAGCAACCUUUUCAUACUCCUAGUCUCAUGUACUCUGCAGUUCCAUUGAACAUAGUGGAUCUUACUUCUGAGUGAACAUGUGAAGCAUGCACACAAAAGCUCAUACCAAUAACAAACUUAGUUGGUCUCUAAGGUGCUAUAGGGGACGCGGGUGGUGCUGUGGGUAAAACCUCAGCGCCUAGGGCUUGCUGAUCGCAUGGUCGGCGGUUCGAAUCUCCGCGGCGGGGUGAUCUCCCGUCUUUCGGUCCCAGCUCCUGCCCACCUAGCAGUUCGAAAGCACCCCUAAGUGCAAGUAGAUAAAUAGGGACCGCUUUCUAGCGGGAAGGUAAACGGCGUUUCCGUGUGCUGCGCUGGUGCCGGCUUGCCAGAGCAGCUUCAUCACGCUGGCCACGUGACCUGGAAGUGUCUCCGGACAGCGCUGGCCCCCGGCCUCUUAAGUGAGAUGGGUGCACAACCCUAGAGUCGGACACGACUGGCCCGUACGGGCAGGGGUACCUUUACCUUUACCUUUAAGGUGCUACUGGAAGGAAUUUUUAAAUUUUGUUUUGACCACGGCAGACCAACACGGCUACCUGCUUGUAACUUUGCAUAUCUGUGUUUUUGUUUGUUUGUUUUAGGUACACGUUGUUCUUCGUACUGUAUCCAAUGGGAGUUUUAGGAGAAUUGCUCACAAUAUAUGCUGCUCUGCCCUAUGUCAGACGGUCCGACUUGUUUUCAAUUAGUUUACCUAACAAAUACAAUUUCUCCUUUGACUACUAUACAUUCCUGAUCUUGACUAUGCUAUCUUAUAUUCCACGUAAGUAUAGCACUAAGUUAAAUGCUUCCACCCUUGAGAUCUGUAGCUGUUAGAUUAAAGCAGUUUAAAAUGCCUGGAAACCUAUUUUAGCUGUACAUGUUUCAGUGUUCUAGAAUGAGCAAGCAUUAUAAAAGGUGGGUUUUCAACAGUGAAAAAUAGCAGUAAAUUUAAAUGCACAUAUCCUGCAUCACUGAGGCAUAGAACAAAAGCAAGUUUUUGAACUAUGUUUUAAUUCUACAGCUGAUUUCCCUCUGGCACUUGUGGAAUUCUUGUUUCUCUUUAUUUUACCUAUAGCCAUCUUUUUCUAUUUAUUCUCUCCCUCUUCUUAUAGCCAAAUUAGGGGACGAAAGCAAAAGAGAAUAUAUAUUUGUUUCAAGAAUGCUAGUUGCAACUGAUCUUUUUUUUUCAUGUUUUGAAAGAAGACUUUGGGUUUUAGCUUUGUUUUCUCUUUCAUGUAAUAAGUUUUUGAAGCCUAGCUUUUAAGUUGAACUUUUGUGAUAGAAAUGAAAAAUUCAUUUAAUCCCAUGCUGGCAUAUUUGCCUGUGCAGAUAUUUUUAUCAUAGUUAUCACCUAUUAAAACUCAAAAACUGUCAUGACCACAUGACAAAUGUACACAUUGCAAAACGUACAAAAGCCCUUAGAUGAGGCUCUCUUUCGUGCAUUUCAUUCUAGUGGUUUCCUAAGGUCAGCUUGAGCACACAAGCUUCACAUUGUGAAAUAGAACUGCAAAAAUAAUUGGGUACAUAGAGUGACCAGCGAAAGUUGCAAAUAUUAUUGGGCUUUCAAGGAAAGAUGAUACAUUGCUGUAUUUGUGCAUGUAUCUUACCAAAUCAAUAUUUUCUCACAGCAAGAUCCAGUGUCAUUUGAGCAGAAAAUUAAUGCAUCUGUUUGUUUCACAGAGCUAUCUCAGCUUCUGUGUUUGUGUAAAAAAUAUUCAUUUUUGUUUUAACCAAGUUCUGGUAUAGAAUAGAGAGGUAUACAAAUGAAUAUUAUAUUAUAGAAUUGACUAGCUGGCUAAGUGGUGAGCAACAGAGACACUCUGACUGUGUCUAAAGGUAGAGCAAUGAGUGUUACUUGAAUAGAACUUUGUAGAAAUCACCUUGCCAUUAAGUUGAGCAUUGUCAUGUACAAUGUUUCAUACAUUAUAUCUUGCAAUUGAAGAUGGACAGAAGGGAAAUGGCUUCAUGGUCCCUUGGUUGACAAGUAAACAAUCUUGUAUUUUUUGGGGGGGGGGUUCCCUCCACUUCAUUAAAAGAGAGCAGAAAGUAUAUGUUUGGCUUUGGGGGCACUGAUAUACAUGUGAAAGCCCUUGAAUACAUGAUAUUAAAUUGUGUGUAAGUUAAAAAAAUACUAACUUUUAUUUACAUAAUUCUUUUCUGUUUUUCAGUCUUCCCUCAGCUGUAUUUUCAUAUGAUACAUCAGAGAAGAAAAGUACUUUCCCUUCCUGAAGAACACAAGAAAUCCGAGUAAUCACAGCUUUUGUUCACAGCUGUGCAUAUAGAUUUACAUGUUUCAAAUGUUUAUAAAUAAUACAGAGUAUUAAAAUGAGUUUUCAAAACAAAAAAGUUUGAUAACCUACUAAGGAUAUCUUUCCACACUGAUAUUUAUUUUAAUUUUUAAUUUUUAAAACAUUGCUCUGUGAAACUGCAUUUUUGGCAUGUAUCUUACCAAAUCAGUGAAACACUUAUUCUUUUAUUUUACCUUUUAAUUUAUUUAUUAAAAACUUGCAUUAUAAUGUCCUUAUAUUGAUGGUAUGAGUGAUAACAAUAAUUGUGGUGCCUGAAUUAGGAUUCCUUUAUUCCUUAAAAAAAAAUUGCAUGCUAGAUACUUACAUGUAUUGUUGUAAAUAGAAUGCUUUUGACAGUUUUCUAGAACUGCCAUGGGCAGACUAAUGAAGUCCCACAAAAGACUUUUCUGACUCUAGGUCUGGAUGAGGUGAUAAUCCUAGCAAUUCAGGGCACAAACUUAGAGAGAGAGAGCUGCAUUACAAUGAUUGCAGCAGUAACUCAUGUAAUUGCACAACUGAUUUUUUCCCCUCCAGAGUGGGGCCUUAAAAAUAGUGCAGUGUUGCACAAGAGCAUGUGUUCUAUAUGUGCAACUUAAUCUUAUUACCUCAAGCUGGGAUGUUUUCCUGCUGUUCCUGAAUGCUCUUUUUACUUGUUUUCUUGAAAAUGAAGGCCCAGUUUUAUUGAAAUACUCAAAAUAUAACUAAUUUGUAAUUGACCUGGAUGCUACUUGAGAACUUUUUAUGGCUUUGAAUUAGCUGUCCACAUACAUCAAGUAGCAUUUGGCAAGCAUAAGCAGAUAUAUUUUCAGCAUCUUGACAAGUUAUCUAAAAAGCCUUUUCUUAAAAUGAGCUUGUUUUUAAAGUUUUAAAUGUUUUCAAAAGCAUCAUUAGUUUUGUGUCCGAAAAGUGAUAUUAAUGCUAGUAAAUUCAGCUUACUUCAAAGCUUAUUUAGAGAAUGGCUUUUUUAUAAAGGAACCAGGUGAACAUUUUUUAUUAAAUAACUUGGACACUCUGGGACAAAAUGCAGCUUGUUCUUUAUGCACUUCUUGUUUCCUAGUUAUACUGGAAAAACAUUAAAAAAUUCACCAGUUCUUAAAAUGACCUAGGAUUCCUUCUCUUUAAAGAUAGCUAAACUUUAACCUUUAGCUCAGCUGGUACCAAAAGAAAAUAAAUGAUUCAUCAUUUUAUUGUUGUGUCUUUGGGAUCCUAUGAAGAAUAUCAGUGCACCAAAGUUGUUCAUGCUUCCUGCAGAGUGAAUCAUAGAAACUGUUAUGGUCUAACUUAGAUAUUCACUAUUUAACUUUAUUCCUAUCCUAUAACUAAGAGUGGUAUCCAGGAUUUUUCACAUUCAUUCAAUAAGUCCAAUUCAUUUCACAUCACACUAUCACAUGCUUUUGUUCUGCUGCAUUUAGAAAGACAAAAAAAGAGAAUUGACUCAUUUCACUACUUUGGCAUUCCUAUUAAUCAUCUUGAGUUAAGAUGCACUCCUCUUGCAGUCAGCUCUGUUAUUUCCUUCCAUUCUGAUAUCCACUGUCAUUGUGUUGUUAAAAGAGGUUUCUCAUGAGCCAGCUCAGCCCACCGGUUCCAUAGACCAACACGUAGCUUGGAUCCUGCAAUUGCCCACAGCAGUUUGAAACCCGUGGGUGCUGCCUGGCUUUUUUUUUUUUUUUUAAAAGGUUUCUCAUUGUAAAAUCUAUAACAGCUUAGCAUUAAGCAGCAGCUUAUAGUCAAUGGUUAGAGCUUAUAUUGUAGAGAAAGUGUGAGGACACCUCCAUGAUAUAGUUUUGAGGGAGAACAAGGGUUUCACAUUAACCCAUUUAUUGUACAUGCCCUUAUAUGAAUUUUCCCACAGAACACUACCAUUCUAGGCUAUGAUGGUUGCAGGUUGAGUAUGAGCCUUGCAAGUAUAAUUGGGCAAAGAAUCUUAAUGUUCCCCAUGUAAGUAACUUUGCAUAUGGUAUCCUAGGAAAAGGUAAAAGCUAUGAUAUAUAACUGCAUUAUAGGAGCCCAGCAGGACAAAGCAGCAACGCUCCUAUAAUUAUAAGGGCUUUAGGUACACAGAGAGUUGUUGUCUCUUGCUUGCGCUCAGCAUUCAUCUUCCUGGCAGGGAGGGAAUCGAAACGAACUACAGAGUUCUUUACCACUAGCCAGAUGCUGUUUCUGGUCAAGUAAUGUCCAUCAGUACAACUUAGUUCUGCCAAAAUCAGCUUCUAACCUUUGCUGCAGCACUUAAGGGCUGCUUUACAUUGUCUGUGGCAACAAAUUUGAUUUAUUUGUGAUUCAGAUCUGAAGUCUGUCCUGCCUCCCAAACACAUAUACUCACUAUCACAGUCAUGUGGCUGAAUGCACACUGUUAUCACAUGCACAAAUUUAACUGUAAACCACAGAGCCUAGGACUUGCCGAUCAGAAGGUCGGUGGUUCGAAUCCCCGCGAUGGGGUGAGCUCCCGUUGCUUGGUCCCAGCUCCUGCCAACCUAGCAGUUUGAAAGCACGUCAAAGUGCAAGUAGAUAAAUAGGUACCGCUCCGGUGGGAAGCUAAACGGUGUUUCCGUGCACUGCUCUGGUUCGCCAGAAGUGGCUUAGUCAUGCUGGCCACAUGACCCGGAAGUUGUACGCCGGCUCCCUCGGCCAGUAAAGCAAGAUGAGCGCCGCAACCCCAGAGUCGGCCACGACUGGACCUAAUGGUCAGGGGUCCCUUUACCUUAACUUUCUUCCAGGUGAAACAGUUUCUCAGGUCACUGCAGUAGUCCUUUGUCCAGUUAAAUAUUUGUGAAUUUGUGUAGAAUCAGUUGUGAGCAUAUUUUGUAAGCUGCUUUGAAAGCCUCUCGGGGACCAUAACGUAGGUUAUAAUUUUUAAAAUAAAUCUGACUAUAGCUUGAUAAGACAUACUUUUUUGGCAUUUAUGUGAAGUUCUGCCCCAAGUUGCAUAGCUCUUUGUUAUUAAUUUAUGCUGGUCCAAAUUCUAUAUUCUUGGAGGGUUCUGGGCACGCGUUCCUUUUCAAGCACUCAUUUGACCAGAGCCUCUUAAAACUUUUGGCUCUGUAGCCGUUACUUUUCCAUUCCACUUCAUUCUGUCAAUAGUCUGCUGUGUCCUAGUUUUUCUGUGCUUUCCCAAGAUACAAAGGCCAUUUGAUCUUCUACUGGUAAAACUCUGCUUUUGAGGCUUAUUGUUAUUAUCACACACAACAACCUAUGUCUAGUAAAGCACAAGAAUUGCCAUCCAGUUCACAUGACCAGUCUCAGCUUACACAUCUUUUUACCCUUAGACAAUUUGACAGUGAAAACUAUUUUUGUAAUGGGAUAUAAAUCUGAUCCUCAGUAUAUCUUUUUUCAUAAAAUGUUGGCUGUUAUUAAAUGUGUGAAUGAGACAUUUUCUAUACUGCCACAUCACCACAGCUUCAUCCUGCACCUACAGUACUAUUGUAGCAUUUAAAGGCCUAGUUCCCAAUAAUACUUUCUGUGCAGUCAUUUACCUAGACACAAUCAUGGCUGAAGAUCAGAUAGUAAGAAACUGUACAUUCAGCCCAAUUUAUAUGAUGCCAAGCCUUUAAAUAUUACAGCAAUGCUGUGUGAUGAAGCCAUGGAAAAAGAACUUUUCUCUGCUGUAACCUUUUGGUCGUCAUAUUUCUGUAAAACAGGAAUGUGAAACAUUGCUCGCUGUUAGGUUUACCUGUUGCUAUACCCAAGGCCUUGCUAGUCAGCUUGAUGUGUACUUGUAACAGUUUUGUAUUUUAAUAUCUAUUACUUCCCCUCCCAAAAUGGAUUGCUCACUUGGUAUUUACUUCACUCAGUCUGUUCAAUUUCCUAUCCUUAGUGUGGCCUCUCCUCUGUGAUACCCCUUAAUUGUAGAAGAGUUAAUCUGAUACCUUUUUACGCCACUCAUUAGCAACACUGUGAAUUGGGAAGAGUUUGAGCACAACCUCCAGACAAUUUGUGAAGGCCAGAAAAGUUGAUGCAGCUGGAUGUAGAUUCUGAUACGUGGGUGUAGGGAGAGAGAGAUGCUUGAGGCAAUAUAGCUUUUUGAUAGCUUGCAGAUGUAGUAAAAGCUAGAGAAUUCAACAAGCUUUAUCCUGAGAAUUUGAGAUAGAAUUGGCAAUUUGAAGUGAAAGUGGCCACAGGGUGAGAAAUCUAAUAGAUAAAUAACCUGACAUUUAAAUAAUGUUUAAAUUAAAUUUAAGGUUUUCUGUAAGCUUUAAUAAUUUACACAACAUACUAUGGCCCAAGAUUAUUUGUAAAAGAUAGUGGAAAACUAGGCUUCUAGAACAACUAGUUGCUGCUAAAACGAUCAGACAUGCCCCUUUUGAAACUAUGUUGUGGGCGAAGCCCAGUUACUGCUGCCGACUGCUUCAUUGACUCAGGAUGGGAUAUUUAAGCCAUACUCUUUCCAUACUGGUACAUUCAGAACUGGCACUGUGGCAGAGAGAGUUCUGAGGUAGAAUUGGUCGUGUCAAGCUCACUCUAAAAUGGUGGACAAUCAAUUUCAAAUUAGAAGUUUAUUUGUGGAGUACAUAUUAUACAGUCCUCCAGUUCUUACCGUUAGCUGUCAAACUCACUUCCUCAAGGUACUGCUGUGGAAAGCUCCUCUGCAUAAGGGGAAGGAAUUGCAACACUCAUUUUCUGACAUCUAUUGGUUGGGCUUCUCACUGGACUAUUCUCACAGACUUUUCAAAUUAAUCCUGGCACAAAUAGAUGAAUAGGAAAAAGGGGGUAUACCCAGCCAGUUAAAUGGAAAACAAAUGACUAAUCAAUGGAAAACUUGUACCAGCAGUCAAAUAUGAAAAUUAACCAGAAGCAGUACUAAAAAGGAAGUGGGAUCUCUAAGAUGAGACCAAUAAAUUGAAGAGUAGAAUUAUUAGACCUCUACUGUUUAUGAGGUGGCAUUUGCAGUUUCUGUGCACCAGGUCCACCUGCCUGGGUUGUUGCACAUGUGUUCCAGUAAUUCAUGGAUAGAUGCUGCCAGCUGAUAUGGUUUGUAGCUGAGUUUUUACAGAAUGUUACUGAAGAAUCAGCAAAUUACUCCUACUUUAUUCUAAAGCUGCCUUCUCAAAAUGCAUGUAAUGUUCUGAUGAGUAUUUUUAAUUAAAAGCAUCCUCAGGAGGCAAUUGGAACAGGGGAAUGGUAUGCGGGAAGACAGCAUUUAACCUAUGCCUUGCAGACUAUUUUGCGACUAAGAAUUGCUCCCCUCAAUUUCCCUUUCCACUUUAGGAUGAAAAUAUGCAGUUACCAGUUUUUUCACAGAUUGGAUGAGGAGGCAGGGGGAAGCAGCAAGGGGAGAAAAUUAAUGAACUUUUUGUGAAAGGGUUAAGGAGGAAAACAUUUGUUAAUGACUACAAGGUGUAUUUAGGUUUCCAACUCAGACUUGUUACCAGGACUUGAAUUAUUUACGUGCUAAGUCAAAAAUAGUUUUCCAGUGCCUUAGACUAUCACAGAAGGUAGAGCAGUGUAGUAAACAAAAUAGAAGACUGAAAUUGCCGCUGUUGCACUACAGCCUCUCGAUCAGGCUGAGCAAACAAUGAUAACUCGUGGGUGCACGUGGAUUGUUCCCCAGCUCAUUGAUUGAAAAGGCAAGCUGGUGGACUUAGGUCUCUAUAGGCAUGUCAAAUCGUUGUAGAGUGCCUAGGGCAUGAUCAGUGUGAUUCUGAGACUACCUUACAAAUGGCUUAUUUAGGUUAUCUGUAUUCCAUGUACUGUAUGUUUCUCUGAAGAUAAAAAUCCAUGGUAAUUAAUAGAUCCACUUCUGUAAAUAAGCUCCCUUUAAAAAAGAAAGGAAACAUAACAUGAACAGUCCCUAAAGUGAGUUUUGUCUCUAGUUUGAAAGUCUGCAUAAUGUUUAUUUGAGUUGACAAUGUAACUAUUAAGAUUACUUGCCUUAUUCUUAAUUCCUGUAAAGACAAUCUUUAGAAUGUGAAUUAGGACAGAAGUAUUGACAUUUUAAUACACUUAUUACUUCGUUCAUAAUGCAAGUUCAAGAUUCCCUGCCCCCCUUUGAUUAGAAAUGAAACUUAACUUUGAAGUAUAUAUUUUCAGAUGUACUUUACCAAGUUGUUCAUGGAGCUGUGUGUGGAGGGGGUGUCAGCCUUUUUUAUAUAGCAUAGAAAAAUCCUCACAUUGUGGUUAUAAAUUUCUCUUAUGCAUGUAUGGCAAAACCACAGCAUAUUUGCUCACACCACGGUGGUCUGUGUGAUGUACAUAAUAUCUACUUAAACAAGGUAUCUAGUAGCUUUUAUGUGUUAACUUUUAGUUCCUUCAAAGUCUGGAAUUACAUUUGAAGAGACUACAGUAUUCCUUACCACAAGAUAAAAAUUUCUUGAGAAAUUGCACAUAUGACACAUAGUUCUAUUAAAUAAUUUCAUUUCACAAAAGAGGUUGGCAUUUGUGUGGGUCAGUUUACAAAGUUAUUGUUAAGUUUCAGAUAAUUCAGAUAAUUCAUUGAUACAUUACUGGGUUUUUAUGCAUUGUCAUGGAAUUUGAUAAAACGUAAUCUUUUGUACUUUUUCUAUGUUGUGAAAAAUACUAUUGUUAUUUUAUAAGUAAUUUACAAUGUACAUGUUUUCACGUGUUUUGAAAUUUAAUAUUACUGGGGGCUCAGAGAGAACUUUUUAUGCAUGUUUAAAAGAUAUUCCUACCUUAUAUGUAGAGAAAUGGUUUUUAUGUAUAUUGUAUUUGUGCAACCUCACCUCCCCCCAACUAUUGCAUUAUGAAAUAAAUUAGUUGUGUCUUCUUACACAUGGAGUACUGACAGUUGAUAUUUAAGCACUGUAGUCUAAAAUAUUCUGAAUACUCAGACUAAAAAUGUGGUAUGAUAAUAAUUUUCUAUAUCCAUUAAAGGCAGAGUAUUUAUGUCAUUUUGUCAGUUGUGGGGUCCUCAUGUGAAAUGUUGAAACCAAUACUUCAAAGGCCUUAUAGUUUGUAAUAGAAAUUAUUCAUCCUAGUAAGCAAACUGAAGCUAGGAUGUUUACCAUGAGCCCUUCUUGGUGUACGAUGGUGAUGAUUCUGCUUAUUUGUAGAAGUGGCUUCUUUUAGCCUCCAAAUAAAAGCUCUAUGUGUCAAAAUGCUUAGAUAAAAAUAAGGCACUUCUACACAGCAGUUUAUUGGGG